CAAAGUUAACAUAAAAAAAAAACAAGAAUCACCAUAUACACAGAGAGACUACAACAAAAUUAAUGGCGAAGAGAGGAGGAUCUGUGACGGUGUCGGCGGAAGAGAUGGAGGAGCUACGGAGGAGAAACAUAGAGCUGGAGAGAGAAGUGGAGGAGAUGAAGACGCAAAUGAUUCAGCUGUGGCAUCGGACUGUGGUGGCAGAGGAGGCUGAAGAGCGGCUCUGCUCGCAGCUGGCGGAGUUGGAAGUCGAGUCUUUAGAUCAGGCACGUGACUAUCACGGUCGCAUGCUCUUCCUUAUGGAUCAAAUCUCUCGUCUCUCUUCUUCUUCUGUUGUUUCUUCAUCGUAGAUUUUGACUUGUCCAAAUUAUGUGUAUGUGUGUACAGAGAUACGUUUGGUAUUAUUAAUGUAUGUAUAUAGAUCGAGAUGGAAACAUGUUAUGCUUUCAACAUGAA